AUGGCAUUAAUAUUCACAAUCGAUGCUAUCGAUGGUAACUCACACAUCGGAGUUCCAGUAUUUUCACGAUCUGCAAAAAAAUCUAACUUCAACUACUUAGUCUUUACCUCUCCCAAGAAUAACGACAAUGUGCAUUCAACUCUUGGUAUAUUUGAUCAAGUAGAAACUGAUUCCAGCGCUAAACUGGAACAAUUAAAAUUUAAAGAAUAAGUAAGUAAAUUGGCCGUAUUAUUAUUUUAGUCUGCAACAUAAAAAAGGCUUAAAGAUUUAGAGAUACAAAGAAAGCAAUUAGUUUAGGCUUAAGAGAGACAAUAAAAAAUGAUGGAGGAAGGGGAAAGUUUCCAGAACUCAAAUUCUACAGGUGGUCCCAAUCAAAAAGAUGGAGAUGAUGAGAUGGCUAAACUCAGAGCAAAAGGAAAUAAAACAACUACUAAUGCUUCAUUUUCCUCAAUGACUAGAGAAUAAUACUAUAAGGUCCAUGGACUCAAAACAGAGUAGCCUAAACUGGGAAAUAUAUACAAGCCAAGAUUUGAAUACGUUGAAAAAAGAAUCAUUGGCCCUAUUUAUGUAGGUGAUAAAAAGCAUCCUGUUUCAAAAGAAGCUAUCAAAGCAGAAGUUAUCAAAAGAAGGAAAUAUAACCAAUCUUGUCAUAGUGUAUGUGAUAAGAUAAUGAAAGUUCUAGGUUCAAAUGUAGUGAAAUCUAACACACCAAUGCGCAACACAAAGAUUGGGGAAAUAUCUUUGAAUUAAAUUUUACCUCCUAGUACACUAGGCCACAUUAACGAUCUGGAUAUAAAUUUAACUAAUAAUAUCUAAAAUGUGUUCUAAACAGCAAAAAAAGAAAGAAAACUAACGAAUGCUGAUUUGUCAGAGGUAUCCCCAGGCGCAAUAGAAUCAACUGGGAAGAGCGCUCAUGUAGAUUCCUAGAAUAAUAUGAGCUACAUGUCUAAAUAAGAGAUUAUAAAUACCUCUCCAAUUAAAAAAUCAUAGUAGCAUAGAUUUAUGAUGAACCAUACUCCUAUUUCACAGAAUACUACCUUAAAUACAGACAAAAAAGAUAAAACUUCGUAUUAUUUAGUCAACAAAUAUCCCGAGCUAUCAGUCAUAAAAGAUGAUACCAAAUUACCUGAUCAGGUACUUCCUAAAGUUUUGACUAGAGAAUUCUAAAGUAUUAUAAAGCGGAGAGAUUUUGUCUCUUCUAGAGACCCUCCUCAUGAGAAAAGAUUUGAUCCAGUUGAUUCAGUCAUCUACAAUCCAUAGACAACCAAAAAGAAUGUUCCAUUACUUAGCCUGGACAGAUAAAAUAAUAGAAAUCCUACUCUAAUUCUCAAAGGAGGUGAUCAUUUACUUGAUAUAUCUCAGAAAAAUGCUUCAAUAUUUUACAAUGCUAAUAAAGAGGCAGUGCUGUAAAAGACUACAUUAAAAGUAUUAAGCCUUGAUAAGUACAAUAAACGAGAUUAUCAUGGGAGUAUUUAUAGAAGAGAAUUUUCCCCGGACUAUUAUGAUUCAAAUAAAGUGACUUCGGGAUUCAAGCAAUAAAGUGGCUUCUAAUCACCUAAAGCAAUGGUAGAAAUGGAAAAAUAAACAGCAAGAGAUUUUAGCAAAUUAUACGCUAGCUCAGGAGGUGAGGCCUUCAAAAAUAUCUUAAGAGAUAAUGCAAGACAAUUAUGGAUCAAGAAAUUAGUUGAGGGUACAGACUGA